UCGUAUCAUACACCAUUCCUACCAAUUGAGCAACCAACCGAAUUACACGUUAGACGUUGAAACCGGAGGUCCGACACUCGUGUCUCAUAUUGUCCAUCUGAAGAGAGUAGGCUCACUUGUUCCACCGAUAUUUCCCGAUAGAAGAGCUACACGAAUCCUUCCAUCGCGUUUUCGUGACAUAUAAAGGAAACCAGUCGGCGCCUCCGCUGGGACGCAAUGGCAUUCUUAGAAGACCCUCGUCUUCGCCAGCGAUGGAAUCAGAUCUCCCAAACCACCGAGGCAGUCACUGAAAAUGCGGCUGCUGGUAUAUGGAGUUUUGGACACACCUACAUUAACCCUUGCGUCUCUUCUAUCUCCACCGCCUUCGAAAGCUGUACCAAUGUUUGUUUAGGCGACCGCGAGGAAAGAGCGCGACGACUAAGAGAUCGUCAUCGAGCUAGAGGGAGAGCCGAAUAUAGCUUCGACUUCUACGACGAUUGGGAUGCCGAACUGGGAGAUGGGGAAGAUGGAGGGCUACUCGGUGGCUGGCGAAGCGAAGAUUGGGAUCGCUUACUGGCAGGCACUGGGGGGAAACGGAGUGCCGGCGACGUUCAAGAACAACCAAAGAGGAAACGUGGCAUGAGUUAUGGCACGAAGGGCCCACGGAAAAGAGCUAAUUCCCAAGAAGACCCAACCAUCAUCCCAAGCACCGCGCCCUUAGGGUUCUUAGGCCGUCUGCCGUUCAAGAUUGGUGGAACCCUACGGUAUAAACCUAGUGCGGCGAAUUUACAGGAACACCCUGGGGCAUCAAGAUCGGGGCUACACGCAGAACACGAACCACUUCUAGGCGAUGGUGGGAAUGUAGAACAUAUGAACGGACCAUCAAUGCAUAAUAGGAAACGGAGUGGGACGGUAGGCAGUGGAGAUACGAGCGAUUCGUACAGAUCGAGAGGCGACCUCUUCCCAAGUGAUGAAGAAGGGGACGAAGACGCGAUACCAUUAGACGACGAAUUCACCAUUUCGUUAGACCACGUAGACGAUCGCUCGAGUAAUAAAACAAGGAGUAGCAAAGGAAAGCGGGUUGCCGAUAGUAGGAUGCCAAGGAGCAUCUCGAGGACGACGAUAGAUUCAACAAGGCCAUCGUUACUCCCAAGCUUAGGCUCAGGGCCCAUGCUUCCAGAAAGUCCGGCGCUGCUUUUAACAGCGUCGCUCGAGGAUCUACGACUAGAGGAAGAACGGCUAGAAAGGGAGGAACACGAAAUUGUUGAGAAAAAAAGGCAGGCAGCUGCGGAAUUAGCUCUUCGACGCGGGCUAAGUCGGGAAAACCUAAAGAUUGAAUCUGUUCCCGAGGCGAAGUCAGAAGUGGUGCUCAGAGUAGAAAAGGCACCGGUGCCAGAAGAGGUCAUAUUGGAUCAAGCUACGGACGACGAGGAUGACGAGGAUGAGCCAGGAGCCGCAGAAGAGAGUCAUCCAGCGCCAAUACCAGCACCAAUGCCAACACCAACACCAACAGCAAUAGCACCAGCAAAGCCCCCGCAAGAUGAUUUUGUACCGGCAAGACUGCCGUACUUUCGAUGAUAACUAUUACGUUAUAUAUUACCUACCAUCCCGCGAUAUCAAUCUAAACGGACUUUACUUGCAGUCCGCACAUCCGCAUAUUCCAAACCGACCUGACAUGUCCUGGCAACCAACUCCAACUGGUCUCGAAGAUGGAAACCCAAACGAACAAGGCCCAAGAGUUUCCAUGCCGGACUAAGAAGAUAUGCUCACGU